UCUGUCGCGGUUAGCAUUAAUAAAGAUCUCGUGACUCGUUCUGCAAAACCGAUUGCAAAUAAAACAUGGGUAAAUUGGAAUGGUGCAGUUUAUAUUUCACCAAAUGCCAUUUUUGAACCGUCUACGCUUAAAGACCUUAUAGAUAUUGUAAAACUAGCAAAGACAAAUAAUAAAACUAUUCGAUGCGCUGCCCAAGGACAUACCGAAAGCUCUCUGUCGGUCACAAAGAACUAUCUAGUGGUAGUUAACAAAUUAAAUCAGAUUACAGUGAAAAAACUUCCAAAAUAUGGCUGGGUUGCUACUGCCGAAGCAGAUCUAAUUUGGGUUAAGAAUUGGGUACGAACUGAUGAAUCUGUGAGCUUCACAGAACAACAGAUAAAACAAUUACGUGAAACUCAAAUACAGGAUUAUAUUAAACAGUAUGAGCUCUUAAGUAGUCUCUUGCAAAACCCUGAGGCAACUCCGAAUAUUACUGCCACAAUAUGGAAAAGUGUUACUAGUAACGGCAAUACUAGUUCUGUAUUACAAGCUCCUGAUGCUAUCCAUUACGCAUUUGGCGAGGAAUACCUCAAGUCAGAAGUGAUUGAAAUUGGAUUCAAAGUUGACCCAGAUUUUUCUAAUAUCGUUGCCGAACUUUAUCAUUUAAUUCAAAAAAUAUAUGAAUUUGCAAGAAAAGGAAAAUUUCCAAUAAAUCGUUCUGUAGUCUUUCGAUUCAUAAAAUCCUCCGAAGCACUAUUAUCUAAUACUUUCAAUCAUGAUCCAAAAACUUUAUAUUGUUAUUUAAAUUUUGGUUCAGUUUUUGGUACUCCUGGAUGGAAUGAAUUUAUACUAUUUAUAACGCAGAGAUUUUUUGAUAAAUACAAAGCAAAACUUCAUUGGGGAAAACAAUGGGAAAAUGCUGCAAAUGUGGAAUCUUAUUAUUCUGAUCUUUUAUCAGAUCAAAUUAAGCAAUUUGAGAAAGUACGUGAAAAGUACGACCCUGAUAAAAUUUUCUUUGAUAAUAAGUCUUUGGAGGAUAUAUUUAGUCGUGUUUUAUAUUCAUGA